ACCACGUAGGCUAUAUUUUAUCUCCUAGACAUAAUCUGCAACAAUCAUUUAGCCUAUUAGGACUAGGAUUUGUAUCUAAAUAUACCAGGAUGUACAGGCAAAACGGUAGGAUUUGUGCUUUCCAGUCUUCGCAAUAAAGAAUAGUAGUACGCUAUCAGUAGCAAUUUCCAUUGAAAUGGUAUUUGAAUGAUAGUGCAUCGGCUACUUGUGCGGGAAUCACUAGAUCCGUGUGCAUUUUCGUGGGAAAAGAUUCUUCAGAACAAUGGUAUUUGUGGUUUCCAAGCUCUGAGAGGCUUAUUCAAAAACGACACCGGGAGGCAUGGAAGCGAUAUGGCUGUACCAGUUCCGAUUGAUCGUUAUUGGCGACUCGACAGUGGGGAAAUCAUGCUUGAUCCGGCGAUUCACAGAGGGACGCUUUGCACAGGUGUCUGACCCCACAGUGGGGGUUGAUUUCUUUUCGCGCCUGGUGGAAAUAGAGCCCGGAAAGCGAAUCAAACUUCAGAUCUGGGACACUGCUGGGCAGGAGCGCUUCAGGUCUAUCACCAGAGCCUAUUACCGUAAUUCAGUGGGCGGGCUGCUGCUGUUCGACAUCACUAACCGCCGCUCCUUCCAGAACGUUCACGAGUGGCUGGAGGAGGCGCGUAGCCACGUGCAGCCGCACAGCAUCGUCUUCCUGUUGGUGGGCCACAAGUGCGACCUGGAGGCCCAGCGGCAGGUCAGCCAGCAGGAAGCAGAGAAGCUGGCGGGGGCCUACGGCAUGCGUUACGUGGAGACUUCGGCCCGAGACGCCAUCAACGUGGAAAAGGCCUUUACGGACCUGACGCGGGACAUCUUUGAGUUGGUCAAGUCCGGUGAAAUCACCAUCCAAGAGGGCUGGGAGGGGGUGAAGAGCGGCUUCAUCCCCAAUGUGGUGCACUCCUCGGAGGAGGUCACCAAGAGUGACCGCCGGUGCCUCUGCUGAGUCGCCCAGUGAAACUGUUGACCUACCCUAUGUCUCCAGCCCUCUACCUCACCCUACCUCAUUUCCCUUCACUUGCCCAAAUCCCAGCCCUGUUUGCUGCUGCCCUGCCUCUGCCAGUCCUCCUGGGUCCCAGUUUAGCCAUGACCACCCUUGUCUCCAGUCCAUUGGACUUCUCUUGUCAACCUUCUCUGUCCAUAUCAUUCGGAGGAGUUGAAGAAUUUGUUACCUAAUCCUCUCACGUCUCAUCUCAGUUUUCCCCUUCCUUGAUUGUAUCCCUAUACUCCAUUCAAGCCUGCAUCUAUAAAUCAUAAAUGCGAGAGUUCACCCGGACAGAAACUGGUCUGGAUCAGUUCUUUGAAUUCUUUUGUGUAUAGAUUUGCAGGGAAAUGCAUCAUAUGGAUACUGACAAAACACAAUUGGUAGCGUAACCUUUUCUUGUAAGGUACAAUUAUAUCCACAAACCAGGAAAAUGCACAGUAUGAAAUCAAGUGAACUGCUUCUCCUCAUGACCACCCUGAUAGGGAAGACAGGAAGAAGAAUGCACUGUGAAAAUGUAUUACUCACACAUAUAGGACAUCUCAAACUGAUUUGAGGCAUUUAUCUAUAUUAGUGAUAUAAAGGUAAUGAGCUUUAUCAGCACUAAUAUAAAAGAGCAGGUGGGAUGGUAUCAUAAAGCAUUGCCUUCCUGACAAAUCACUGGAGACAUUCUUUUUUUCUGAGAAUGUGUUGAAAAUUUCCAUAUUUUUGAAGUUUUUAAAUGUUUUUUAACAUUUAAAGUGUAUGUGCCAUUUAUUUUUUGGAUGGUUUCUUUUCAUCUCAUCUCAAUAUUACCACCCUGUGCUACAGAGAUGCAAUGACGUACCUUUAAAGUAGAAACUCUUAUGUUAUGUUGUGUUGCUUGCUAAGGGAACACCUUUUGAAGUCACAUAUACCUAAACUAAUUUAUUUUACUUAAUUAAUCUUAUUCUUUAGUGGCACAUCUCUGCUCGGAAUUGUCUAUGACCUGUACCUCAGCGUAUCUGCUUUGCACAUGUUCCUGUGCCUAAUCCACUUAUUUACAGAUCAGAAAUGUAUUGCUUCCAGCUUUUGAAUGCUCAGCAGCCCAAUCCGAUCUUAGAUUUUUCAGAUCCCCUUGCAGUAUUACAAGGGUUUUUACUUUUCUUGAAAAUGACUUUCAGCCAUUAGGAAAUUGGCCAUGUCCGUAACAGCUUUCUAACUACUGUGUCCACAAAAUAUGUACUGUCUACAUAGUUAUAGUAGCAUGCAACAUGCUUCUGAAUUGUGUCUUAAUAAUAUACUUAUUUCAGGAAGUAAACCACAGAAGGUCACACAGAGAGGAGGAGCCAAUGCCAUCUUCGGGUCGAAUCACAGUCCAAUAAAUCAUAGAGGAAGAAGCAGGGACUUUUUAUUACUAGCGUGAGCGUUUUGCAACAUUUCUUUUGCCAUACCUUUGGAAAAUAGCUUGGGGAAUAUGUCACACAGUCUGCAGAAUAUUUAGUAGACUACAUAUUUUGAGGACACCGUAGUUUUGGGGACGACCACACUCAGCGGAACCCUGGAAAUAUGUCUCCCAUCAAUACUACAUUUAGAGAAACCUUUUGCCGACUUAACAACUUUCUUAUCCAGUGUACUCAAUUCAUGUAUGCAAUAGUAAACAAGUAAGCUGUUCCGGACACAGCCGUGGCCUCAGAAAGCAACUGAGUGUUUAGGACAGUAGUCUCAAAUCCAUCUGGUUCUGGAGAUCCUCCACUUAAAUUGUGUCCCGUAUGGACCUAAAUCAUCUCUGUAGCCAUGAAACCUGUUAACCACUGACAAUUAAACCUGUUACCUGUUUAUGAGAAUGUCGUGGUUGAUAUUUCAGUGGUGUUAUUUGAUUUUAUAAAUAAUGUGUUGCUUUUCUGUUUGCAUGCAAUGGAUUUUCUGUCAGGUUUAAAUGUGUGACAAGCAGUGGGCUUGAAAUAUUGGGAGGCUAAAAUGUAUAUUUAAAUGGGUAAUUGUCUUAAAAUGGUUUUGGAUGGUUUUCAUUUAACUGCAAUCGAAAUAAGCACCACCUAUUAGCAGUUCACUACAGUUUCCUACAGUUUCUUACUUCUAAUCAACAUUAAUUGAUUUAAACUAUUUGCUUAAAAGGAACACCCUGUAAUGCAGUAGUAACCAACUGUGUUCCUGGCAAUUAUUAUCAUCCUGUGAUUUUUAAUUUCAACUUUAAAUUGGCACACCUGACUACUAAUUAGCAGCUCAAUGGCAAUACUGAAUGAUGUGCGGUUGGUUCGGGUCUAUUAUCCUGUUGAAAACCAGCAGGAUAGUAGAUCUUGAGGAAUAGGGUUGGUUACCACUGCUGUAAAAUUAUGUUUUUUUUUAUACGUUGAGAAAUGCAUCUCAAGCGUUUAGCAAAUUUAGCUUGAUAGCAAUGUCUCAUGAAAACAAUAUAAUUUAAGAAGUUAAAUGAUGUGGCUGUAACUACACAUACAGCCUCUGAAUGACUACUUUUGGUGACUGGCAUUUAUUGGAUCUUCAUCAUUCAUAGAUUUUUUUUUUUUUUAUGUGGCCUUGUGGAUCAUUUUUGAUGGACUAAUAAUUUUAUGGACUAAUCAAAAUAUACAGUGGGCUCCAGAAUUAUUGGCUCCCCUUACUGGCAAUGCACAAAAAAUACUUUAAAAAGAAACAAUAUAAUUAUAACUAAAAAAUGCCAACCUGUGAAAAAUACUGUACUUUAUUACUGUUUCAAUGGAACCAACCAAAAUUAAACAGUUAUUUAAUAAAAAAUAGAUUUCACCAAACUCAAGGUUCCAUAAUUAUUACCUCUGUUUUAGUGCUUGGGGCAUCUACCUCUGGCAAGGAUUACAGCAUGGAGUCUUUUCCUGUAUAAUGCUUGACCAGGUUAAGGAACACGUUUGGAGGGAUUUUGGACCAUUCCUCUAUGCAGAUCCAUGCAAGAUCCUUAAUAUUUUUGGGAUUGCGCUUAUCAACCACCCUCUUCAGUUCAGCCUGCAGGUUUUUGAUUGGAUUGAGAUCCAGAGCCUGAGAUGGCCAUUGCAGAACAUUGCUUUUUUUUGUCACAGAACCAUUUCUGUGUGGAUUUUGAGGUAUGCUUUGGGUCAUUGUUUUGCUUUCAUUGUCCCACUUUUGACAAUUUUCCACUUCUUGGCCAUCAUCUGUCAGUGGACAGGGUAGCAUGCUUGGUAAUUGAGCACUCCUGAGAUUAAUUAAGCAACAAGUACAACUUCCUAAAGGACCUGCUUGAGUGCCCCAAUGUGGUUUGGAUGAAAAUCUGGAAUUAAGAGUUGAGUACAGACAGGAUUGCUGUCAAUUAAGACAAUUAUGACUAGUAGUUUGAAUGCAACCUUCCAGCUAAUGCUUAAUAUUUUUAUUCUGACUAAAACUAAGCUUAAACUACUUUUAAAGGCCAGUCCUCAUCCCUCACCCCAAGUCUGGUGAUAAAUAUCCCAAUUAACAUUUUAGUGAAAUUCAUACCUUUCAUAUCAUUUGCAAACCUCCCAUGGACAACAAUGGGUUAAACUACUGGAACUUCCCUGCUAAAAGUAUUUGAAAUUACCUCAUAAAAUUUUAAAAUCCUUAAAAUCAGCACUUGUUUCAAAUAUAUUUUAUAAAACAUGGCCUUGCGGAUCAAAUAAAUCUACAAUACAAUAUUUCAGAAUAAAAAUGAUAUGUACAUGUAUUCCUCAUAAAUAAUGUAAAUAAAUGUAAACUUUUUUGAAUAGCCAUGAAAUAUUUGAAAUGAUUCCUUGAUCCUGGUUCCAUCUGACAUCUAGCCUCAACACAACUCGAGGUCUGAAUGAAAUAAACUGCCUUUUUCUGUUCUUUCGCCCAAAUGCAGUAUCACUGAGCCUGGUUAGCACCAUCUCGCUCCGUUGUACAGCACUGUUGAAAUGUGAAUAUACUUCCUAUAACACCUCCCCUUGGAUAAAGACAUUUUAAAAGACCAUUUGUGAACAUUGGCUUCUUGGCAAUUCCUUUGCAUUAUCCCUCUAUUGUAUUUUCUAUGCCAGUCUCUGCAAGUGGUACUGUAAGUGCUGAAAUAUGAACCUUCAUUCUCAGAGCUGUACAGUGUCAUGUAGCUGUAUGGGUAUCAGAACCUCUCUAGCAAAAUGUACUAAAUGUACUAAAAUGUAAAUGUGAUCUGUAAACAUAUCUGCUUUCUCUUGUUAAAACAAUGAACAAGUAUUUGUUUUUAUUGUAGAGAAUCUGUGUUUUCUUUUUCAAUGAAACCCUUGCCCAGAUGUCUGAAAACCUGGUCUUGGAGAGCCAUUGGGUCAGGUUUAUGUGGUUACCCAGUGUUUAGUUGAUAAAUUAAAACAAUUGUUUAGUUAA